UUGAAUCUCUGAUCUAACGCAGUAGUCUACGCCAGAAUUAAAUUGUAUAAAUAAAUCAUAAAAGUAACCGCAGUAUUGUCCAAGCGCACAUUCCCUUAACGAAUUCUCCGUAUUUUACAAAAAUCUAAUUCCAAUGUAAUAAAGGUUAUCCAAAUAGAGGGUUUCGGGUUAAUAUCCGAAAAAGUGUGAAGUAAAAUUUUUAUAUAAAACAUAGACAUAAAACAUCGUUGAAAGUGACAUCGCUGCAUCGAUGUUUUUAGAUUCGAGACAUCGAUGGCUAACAUCGAUGUUUCAAAAACAUCGAUACAUCGUUUGCAUCCCUAGAGAUGAAGCACCCAAAAACGUAUCUAAGAACUUAAUAGGUAUCAAGGCUAGAUAAUAAAUAAUAUACAUAUUGCAUUAUUGAAAAAUAAUUUAUAAUCCGUUUAGAAUAUUGCUGACUUUUAAAAGUUAUUAAUUGAUUUGUAAAACUUGACUCUGAGUAUCACCAUUACCGUCUUCAGAUACUGGAGAGUACUCCCAUAACCUAUACGGACUUUCAAACGAACUUUUGUGUUACAUAUAAUGGAGUAUAUAGAGACUAGAAUAGUUUAAUGAGGCCCCUGCAUAUAAAUAAACUUCACAAAGGAAACUGAGAAGCAAAACUUCGGAAGUACUGUUUUUUAAGAAAUAAAUACUCAAGGGAAAUUGAGAAAGGCACUGAAAAUUGUAUGAAAAUAGAAUACGUUUGAUUCUGGAGAUUGGCGCGCAUUAUUCUUAAAUAUCUGACUUGACAACAAUCUGAUUCCGAUUUCCGAAAAUCAGAUAUCUGAACAAUUUACAACCCACAAAAAAGUUACCCCUGUCAGCUAAUCAGCAAAAACAUUUAACGUGAAUUCGAUGUGAAACGAUUACAACUUGUAAAUCACACAGCACUAAUUGCUUCCAGCUCGUGCUUUUCUCAAAGUGUACGCAUACUCCACAGUGUCAUAGUUGCUAAUCAGACGCAAACAUCGAAGGCAUGUACGCGACGUCGAGGAAGUGUGGAACAAGCAAACAUACACGCGCUAAAACCCCGAACGACACACCAACGCCACGGCGACAGAGAGUUAUUGCCCGCGUUACGGGCGUUCGAGUGUGCGGGCAUACACACUGCUAUUGACUAGCCACGUAUUAGCGGAUUCAAUUGAGCACUCAGUUGUAAUUGGUGUGUUAAAGCCGCUGGACGAAAAACUUGGCAAAAACGCUUGAAAUGUGAAAUAUAGUACCAUACAGUGCGCAUAUGGAACUAUAGUGAUAUAUAGUGGUGAAAAACAUAUAGAAAAAAGUAAAAGCAAAAAUCAUAUAAAGAAUUAAAUGAUCAUUCAGAGGAAGAACGCAGCAUGGACGACAAAUUGGUGUGUGACGAAGUACAUUUACGUACAUUAAGCCAAUCACCGCUGGCGCUGCAACGCCUACAACAACAUAGACAGAGUAAUCAGAGCACACAGAGUACAACAAAAACCAUAACACCAAUUCAAAGACGACGCUGUUCAGGCGGGAAUGCCAUAACUAUCAGCAACGAAUUUGAGCUUCCACGACCCCCGCUGGCUCAGCACGAGCUACUCGACGAUGACGGCGACGAUGAUCCUAAAUGCCAGCGAACCAGUAUGAAGAAUCCCACAACCAUUUCUCUAACACUUGAUAUAACCGAUAACGGUGAUAGCGGCGUCGGUGGCGAUGAUGAAACCGACUGUGGUCUCAGUAAUCCCGCAGUACAAACUGAGGACAAUGACGGACUUAUAAUAGCUGAAACACAUAAUGAGGAUUUAAUUGACUCGAGCAUACUGCGUGUGAAGCACUUGCCCGACAUGUCGAAGAUACCACGGCUCCCUGGCGAUGGCGCACAUUCAGUGGAUGAUCAACGCACAGUCAAGUCAUACCCCUCCGCCACACCGACUAAGUCAUGCGCUGUCAGUUCGAAGCGACCCACAACGGACAUUGACCGCAUGCGGGUUAAGAACACCCCGCUGCGUGUGCAAUCCGUUCGCAUCGUAGAGCAGAGAAUGAAGCUCGGUCCGAAAAGACGCACCGAAAGCUGCAGCAUAUUUGGAAAUACGAGCAAUUAUGAUUGUGAGGCAGAGGAGGGAAAGACGAUAUCGGAGCCAAGGCCACUUAACAAUCAAACCUAUGCAGCUUUCAAGAGUGCCAACGUUGUCAAGGGCAUUUUGUGUCCAUCUCUCACGAAUUCGUUCAAGCAACAUUCGUUGGAACGUUCAUAUCUAACAUACACUCAUCGUCAACGUCAAAAGUCACUGAUCAUUGUCAACCUGGUUGAUUUUAUGCUUAAAGUGACGCUCGCAGUCAUUUGGUUCAUUAAAGAGAGCAAGCGUGAAGGCAAAGCGUACAACUACAGCAACAGCACCAUAUCAUAUUAUGGCGAUGGAGAAGUGAAAUUGGCCACAGCAAUCACCUGGUCUGUUUGUUGUAUUGUCGCCAAUGUGGGCAUUUGCUGUUUGGGAUUUUGGAGAUGCUUCGCCAACAAUUAUUUACAUUGGGCAGCUGUGUGUACUUGGGUACUGAUGAAUAUACAGGGUUUCGUUGGCGAAGGUAUUGGCUUCACGUAUCGCGAAUACUUGGUCUGGUACAUCCUGUUCGUGAUAUUUGUGCCGUAUGCAAUGCUGCCGCUGCCACUGAAGUGGUGCGUCGUCGGCGGCACCAUCACCGCUAGUUGUCAUCUGGCCGUAAUUACGAUAAUUAAAGUUAGACGAAAAGAACAAGCAGAUUGCAUUGCCUUUCAAGUGUUCGCCAACUUCAUAUUGUACACGGCAAUUAAUGUGGCUGGCAUGUACACCAAGUAUCUGACAGAUCGUGGACAGCGCCUUGCUUUCAUCGAAACACACAAAGCCAUGGAACACAAAAAGGAGUCAGAGAAGGAGUUGCAGCGUACACAAAAGUUGCUGGACUCAAUACUCCCCAACAUUGUGAACAAUCAAAUACGCGCCGAAAUGUAUAAAGGCACCGAUCCCACCGUCGAGACACAAUUUAAUAAACUCUACGUGUAUCCAAUGGACAAUGUCAGUAUACUAUUCGCGGAUAUCAAGGGUUUCACUGAGUUAGCAAGUAAAACUUCCGCUCAACAGCUUGUCAAAAUACUAAACGAUCUGUUUGCUCGUUUUGAUCGCAUUGCCGAGGACAAUCACUGUUUACGUGUGAAACUCUUGGGCGAUUGCUAUUAUUGUGUGUCGCAGUUCGAGAGUGACAACUGGAAGACCCGACCGGAUCAUGCGGUGUGCAGUGUGGAGACUGGACUGCACAUGAUAAAGGCCAUCAAGGAUGUGCGGCUACACACGCACGUCGAUUUAAAUAUGCGCAUCGGCAUUCAUAGCGGCUCGGUGAUGUGCGGCGUAUUGGGCAAUAAAAAAUGGCAUUUUGAUGUUUGGUCGAACGAUGUUAUUAUUGCAAAUCACAUGGAAUCUGGCGGUAUUCCCGGGCGUGUACACAUCUCCGAGGCCACACUGAAGUGCCUCAACGAGGCUUACGAAGUGGAGCCGGGCAACGGCGGUAGCCGUGACAAUCACUUGAAAAUGAUGAACAUCAAAACGUAUCUUAUCAAGCGCACCGAACCGUUACGGCCGAAGCGUCGCUUUGGCACACGCAGCAGUCAACACUUAGCCAACACCAUUGGCACGGCGACCGGCGGCAGCGACGCCAGCUCCCCAACCGCAGUCACAACACCCGCCAGCAUGGGCUCCAAAUCCAUAUCCACCACAACUGGCGUGGAUACGCCACAACAACAACUUGGACAUCCGCUCACAACACCACUUGCACCGUUGGCUGCGUUGCAAAAGAAGAAUAUUUCGGUGAACUCUCUGCCGAAUGUGAUGGAAGGUGUGGCAUUGGGUAAUGGUGGGCGCGUGGGUGAUGGCAUUAAUGGGCCCAGCAGCAACGGUGCGGGCGGCGGUGCUGGUGCUGGAGAUUCAACGGGCUUAUCGACUGUCUCUUCGCCGACCACGAUGACAGCGCCCACCACAGUGGUCGAUCAACAGCCGCUAAAAAUGAACGGUGCGACAGCGAGUUCCCAGAAUCUGGCAAGCACAAUCGACCCGAAAGCAUUAAUUAUUGAGGAUGAACCGACCACGGAAUGGACACCGGAAAUUCCAUUCAAAAAUCUCAAUUCACCGCAGGACGGUCUCAACCGGAGUGAUUCGGUGUUGGCCGAUGCUAAGCAGGACCACGGACAUUCAACGACUGCAUUGGAUGAAGAGAUUGACGAUUUCAUUGAACAGAAUAUACAAAUAAAUUCCAAUAAGGAAAUCAGACGAGAGUACCUGAAUACAUGGACCUUAAAAUUUAAAGAUCGCAGUCAAGAGCAGAAAUUUUGUCAAUUACGUGAAGAUAUGUUUAGAUCGAAUAUGCUAUGUAUUUUCAUCAUAUGGCUAUUUAUUGUGAUGUGUCAAGUCAUUAUAAUACCGCGCUGCACCAAAUUAAUAAUCUGUCUGGUCGUCGGAACCAUUUGCUUAACAUUCUCUUGUGUGCUGGUCAUGGCGGAGGAGUUCUCAAACUUGCCACUUUAUCUGAAACAGAAUUCCGCCAAACUUGUACACCAACGGCGACGAAGAACCUUCUUCAUUUGCAUUGUUAUAAUAGUGAUGUCGGUUUUAAGUGCAAUUGGCUUGGCAAUUUGUCCGGACUCCACAUACGCGUUCGACAAUACAGACGUCAAUAACAACAACACCAGUAGUCAGUUAAACAAUGCCAACAACAAUGCAAUCACUGCUUUAUUGGCAAAUGGUAGUGAAAAGGAAAUCAAGUUGAAUGUGUACUUAUCGGCAACAAUACAUCACAAUAUCACCAUUAAUACUGGCAAUGGCACAAUCGUCGAUACAUUCAUCACGGACAACCUCACUGCGGCACCAGCUGGCGAACUGGUGCGCCAGAGCAUCGUUAAUGCGCUCAAUCUAACGCAAACACCAAUAAAUCUGCUAAAUGCAACGAGCAAAACAUUGGAAACAUUUGAGCAAUCGCCGCGCGCCAUUUUAUUGGCAGCAGCAGCUGCCAACACCAACGACAAUGAAUCGGAUUUGGUAGAUGCAAAUAGCGCAGAACUUUUCAAUAGUUUCAAUGUGUUAAGCGUCCCGGACGAGCUGGAGCGUCGCAAAAAUGAUUGUGCGCAUCCUGAGUAUAUCAUUUUCACCUGGGUGCUGUGUCUGGUAUCGCUGGCCACGGCGCUGAAGCUGUAUUAUCUCAUCAAAACAUGUAUGGCGUUGGCUAUGGUUGGCUGCUAUAUGAUCCUGAUACUGACCUAUCCAACACUUUACCAAUCGUCUGCGGCGAAUUUCGAAUACCAACGCAUGGCAGUGCCCGUGGAUGUGCAGAUGCUGAUAUUGUUGUGCUCUUUUCUGGUAAUGGUGGGCUAUCAUGCCCGCCUUGUGGAGGUCACCUCCCGUUUGGAUUUCAUUUGGAAGGAGCAAGCUGAACGUGAAUUAAUGAAUAUGAAAUCGAAUCGCGCACUCAACGACACAUUAAUCAAGAAUAUUUUGCCUCAUCAUGUAGCUGCCUAUUACCUGUCCGAUGAGCACACAGAUGAAUUAUAUUCAAAGAAUCAUUCACUAUGUGGCGUUAUGUUCGCUUCCAUACCCAACUUCCAGGAUUUCUAUUCGGAGGACAUCGAUAACGGCAAAGCAUGCAUACGAAUCUUGAAUGAAAUUAUAUGCGACUUCGACGAACUUUUGGAGGAGCCGCGCUUCGCCUCCAUCGAGAAGAUCAAAACAGUUGGCGCCACAUACAUGGCCGCUUCCGGUCUCAAUUCAGCACAUCUCCACGCACGCGGCGAAACAGCGGAGGAUAGCAUUUGUGACCUGGUGGAAUUCGCGUUUGCAAUGAAGCAAAAGCUCGAAGAGAUCAACAAGGAGGCAUUCAACAAUUUCCAGCUGCGCGUAGGAAUCUGCAGUGGGCCACUGGUAAGCGGUGUGAUUGGUGCACGUAAGCCUGUCUACGAUAUCUGGGGCAAUACGGUGAACGUGGCCUCACGUAUGGACUCCACCGGCGAGAAUUGGCGCAUACAAGUGCCGACCAAAACUUCGGAACUGCUAAAGGCCAAGGGAUAUACUUGUGUGAAACGCGGCGAGAUUAACGUGAAGGGUAAAGGCCUAAUGGUCACGUACUUUGUGCAUCCUAAAGGCGCCAGUGAAAGUCAAUUAUCUUCGCCGAUACGAUUGCCGGCGGGUGUGCCGUUAUCACAGGCGCCCAACUUACAGCGGCAGAUCUCCCACCACGGCUCAUUCAGCGCCGUGGUCUUCGGCAUGUUGCAGGCAUCGAAACGUAGCACCACCAUUGCGGGCACACCGACUGGCACUCCCUCACCGCAAAUACGACGUGGUCGACGUGGUAGUACCUUCAGUUCGGUGCGCCUAUCGCAAAAGUCUACCACCAACAAUCCGGUGAGGCGGAAUACAACACGAGUGCGUGGUCGCUCCUAUCGACAAAAGAAGAGCUCGUCCAACAACUCGAUAGUAACACAGACGAGUAACUCGUAUAUAUCGUCCUUUCGACGCAUCGAUCAGAUCGAAACGACGCUGUCCAAAAGUCAUAAUGAUGCGUUAUAGCCUAUGCGUAAUUGGGUCUAAGGUGCCCUGAGCAUGAAUAACAACAACAACAACAACAAGAACUUUUAAUUACAUAGUACUUACAUAAUGAACUUAUUUAUUGUUGCUAUUAAGAAAAUUCUAGUUUAGACACCCUUAAGCGUAUGUAUGUAAUGUAAUAUGUAUGUGUAUAUUUAGCGAAUAUGAUUAUGUCGAAAGUAAAGACAGAAACACCCCAGUGAGGCCCUGAAUGUAAACUGAUUUCAAUUAAGCGAAAAGUGCAUUUAUUUUUGGAGCAUUUUUUAAGUUAGUUAGACUAUUGGAUAGAUAAAAUGUAUGUACUCUUAGACGAGGCAUUUUACGUACUUAAUUAUCAACAAUUCAAUUACUUAUGGCAAAUGUGAAUGUGAACAGAUUUAGCUUUAUUUUAAAUGUAUGAACAAAAAAAUAUUAAGAAAUUUUAAACAGUAAACAAAUUUUCCUAGAAGCUAAGUAAUCGAAAAUACGAUGCUAAGUAAGCAUAUAUGUGUACAUAUGUAUAAUUGCGUUUAAAACUUUGUUAGAUUUUUAAAACCGCCUCUGAACGGCUAAUAACUUAUAUGUGAAGCUUUUUCCUGUCUAGAAUACACUUACAUUUACUAGUUCUGUUUCUAAAUAUUUAUUGUUUUUGAGAACAUAAUAUCGACCAAUACAAAAAAGCAGAGAACCUUAUUGAAGUGGUUUCAUAGUAUAAAAUAUUCUGUAGAAGGUGCUCACUCGAACUGUUUUCGAGAAAUUUCGAUGAGAUGUUAUUUAUAUUGUACGAAUUUAUUACUUAAUAUUUUCUAAAUAAAUAUGCUUUCCUAAAAUCUACUAAAAUUCGACAGAAAACAAAUUAUUACAACAGUAAUCAGAAGAAUACUUCAUAAAGAUGAAGAUUUAGUCACUUGAAAGCAUGUUACAUAAAAGUAGUCCAAGUUCAUAAGAACCAAUAAUGCCAUGUAUGGUAUUUAAAGCUCCUUGUAUUACUUUGUUGUACUAAGCCUACCUUCAAUAAGUCCAUUUGGUUUAAUUAAAAUGCCAAUUUUUGGAGCACUUAUCAAAAAUUAGUAUUUCGACUUUUUCGAAUAGACUCAUACACUUUUACUAUGUGUACAGAUAUGCUGAACUUAGAGAAGUAUAUGUAGUGGUAUAUAUGUACAAUUUAAAUAUAUAUAUUUAUUUAUGUAUGUGCAUAAACAUAAUUUUAUCAAUUUUUAAACUACUAUUGUUCGUCUAGUCGUUAGCUUUAAAUAAAACACUUAACAAUAAACCAUA